GAAUGGAAUUACAAACUAGGUGAAUAAGUGAACUGCUGUGGAUAUAGUUUAUCUUGGUUUCAGUAAGACCUUUGAUUUGGAUUUGUGGCUAGUUGACUGCCUGAACUCAAAGAGUACUCAUUAAUGGUCCCUCAUCCUGGAAAAAAGUGACAAGCAAGAUGCUGUAGGGUUCUGUCCUGGGCCCGUUGUUGUUCACCAUCUUUAUAAAUAACUUGGAUGAAGGAACUGAGAGAAUGCUCUUCAAAUUUGCAGAUGACAACAAACUAGGAUGGGUAGCUAAUGCCACAGAAGACAGAAUCAGAAUUCAUAAUGACUUUAACAGAUUGCAGAACUGGGUGAAUUGAACUUCACUGGGUGAAAAUGAAUUUCAAUAGGUAUAAAUGUAAGGCUCUGCAUUUAGGUAGGAAGAACCAGAUGAAUAAAAAUAGGAUGGGGAACACCUGGCUUACUGGCAGUAAAUGUGAAAAAUAUCUAGGGGUCUUGGUGGACCACAAGGUUAAUGUGAGUCAACAGCGUCAUGCAGCAGCAAAAAAGGAUAAUACAGGCUGCAUCAACAGAAUUAUUGUGUCCAAAUCAAGGGAAGUAAUUGUACCACUCUAUUCUGCCUUGGUCAGACCACACCUGGAAUACUGUGUUCAAUUCCGGGCACCACAGUUUAAGGAUGUUGACAAGCUGGAAUGUAUGCAGAGGAGGGUGACCAAGAUGAUCAAUGGUCUGGAAACUGAGCUUUACUAGGAGUGCUUGAAGGAGCUGGGUACGUUUAGCCUGGAAAAGAGGAGACCAAGAAGAGAUAUGAUAAAGGUAAAGGGACCCCUGACCAUUAGGUCCAGUUGUGACUGACUCUGAGGUUGCAGCGCUAAUCUUGCUUUAUUGGCCGAGAGAGCCGGCGUACAACUUCUGGGUCAUAUGGCCAGCAUGACUAAGCCGGUUCUGGUAAACCAGAGCAGCGCACGGAGGGUAGGACUCAAACCAAUGGCUUCAAGUUACAAGAAAGAAUAUCCCAGCUAAACAUUCAGAAAAAAACUUUCUGACAGUAAGAGCUGUUCUGCAGUGGAAUGGUCUCCCUUGGGAGGUGGUGGACUCUCCUUCCUUGGAGGUUUUUAAGCAGAGGUUGGAUGGCCACCUGUCAUGGAUGCUUUAGUUGAGAGUCCUGUAUUGCAGGGGUUGGACUAGAUGACCCUUUGGGUCCCUUCUAUGAUUCUAUGACUGGAUGUGGUGGUGGCUGUGAGGAUUGAAUUAUUCUCACUCCAUGGUCCUGAUGAACACACACACUCCACCACCAACGCUGUCAUUAGGCUGAGGAUGGACAAUUCUAUUGGACAGGGGUAUGAGAGGUGCAAACAGACCUCUUAUUCUCCACAAUGCUCCAACGUGCAGUCUGUACAUGCAAAGGAUGGGGAAAUGGCACCACAGGAUCUUUGAACAAAUUCUAAACAUUAUACCAGCAAACUUGCGUUUUCAACAUGUCUGCCAGUCAAUGUGAAUGCAGAGGCUGUGUUUACCGGAGAGAGUAUCAGCAGGAGAUGAGGGGGGUUCUUGAAUCUUCCCACAUUUGUCCAUUUGCUCAUACAAGGGCAUUCAGCCUGACAGAUUUCUAUCACUCUGAGAUCCAUUUCUGUGUACAUCUAAGGGGAAAACAAUUUCAAAACAUUCAAGGGAGCGUUUGUAGGGGAGAACUGGUGGGUGUGGAAAGUGUUAACCACUAGGUGUUGCAUCCAAAGGUAGUCAUACUCAAGAGUAUACCCACGGAAGUUAUUGGACAGGCUUAGCUUAGGUCUAUUAAGUCCAACUCUUCUGCCACAAGCAGAACUUAACAUUGUGUACACACCAUACAUUCAAAGCAACCCCCAAAAAGAAUAUUGAGAACUGUAAUUUACUCUCACAGGAUUCUUUGGGAAGAAUCUUUAAGGAACUACACUUCCCAGGAUCCUUUGCAGGGCAGCUUUAAAUUUAAAUUUAUUGAGUUCUUGCAGCCAACCCAAACUGGAUGAGAAACUUCAUUCCCAAACGCAACAAAUUGUUGGUAACUCUGAUUGGCUCUGCCCCGAGAUCUUCUGCAAAUUUUCUGUCUCCAAGGGAUGCUGAUAGGAUACCAGGUCAUGAGGGGGAGUUCGGGGGAGGGUCCGGCAGAGGUUUUAGUAGCAGCUUUUGCCUCUGCCGACAGAAGCGCCUUCACAGAGGAGUGAGAGAAGUCGGGAGAAAGUUUGAGGCGCGAGGCAGGUGUUGUAGCUGCAGCUGCAGCGCCCGCGCCCCUCUCGGCACAGUCCCAUCUCCUAGCCGCGACUGGUCUUCACUGCUAUCCGGGUGCCUCUGAAAUAAGAGAAGCAGGCAAGUCACCCCUCCUGUUUACUCUCGUUUUCCCGCUGCCGCUUGACAAGUCCCCCCAUUUGCUUGUGGGUCCGACGCAGCCAUGUCCCCCCCGUUCUUCGCUGCCGCCACCGUCAAACGCCUGCUGGCCUGGAAGAUGUUUACUUUCAACGAGGAGGAAGCCAAGGUGUACGAGAAUGCUGUCAAGACCUUGGUGAGGAAGACCCACGCCAGUAAGCAGCUGGGGGAGCUGGAGAAGGCUAUCAGCACUCAGAAUCCUGGCACCAAGUGCAUCACCAUCACCAGACCUCUGUUUGAACAGAUGUAUGCGUCCUGCGGAAAUAACUUCCCACACACUCUCUACUGCCGGCUGUGGCGAUGGCCAGAAGUGCAAAGCCACCAUGAUUUGCGUAGCAUGGAGACGUGCGCAAACGCCUAUAAAAAACUAAAGUCUAAAGUCUGUGUGAAUCCGUAUCACUUUGAGAAAGUGGAAAAGCCAGAGUGCACCAGUGAGCCAGUAUUCACAUUGCUCCAGAGCUCCAGUGCUCCAGUGCACCCGCCAACACAGCCAGAAGAUCCAGCUUCAUAUCCUCCAUUGGAGGAUCACAGCUACCAUGCUCCAGGAAACUCUAACCUCCAGGCAAGCUUUGUCCCUGGAAGCAGCACCUCUGUCCCUGAAAGCAGCACCUCUGGCCCUGGAAGCAGCACCUCUGUACCUGGAAGCAGCACCUCUGGCCCUGAAAGCAGCACCUCUGGCCCUGAAAGCAGCACCUCUGGCCCUGAAAGCAUCACAUCUGGCCCUGAAAGCAUCACCUCUGGCCCUGAAAGCAUCACCUCUGGCCCUGAAAGCAUCACCUCUGGCCCUGAAAGCAUCACCUCUGGCCCUGAAAGCAUCACCUCUGACCCUGAAAGCAUCACCUCUGACCCUGAAAGCAGCAACUUUUUCCCUGAUAUCAGCCUCAUUUUCCCUGAUUUCAGCUCCCCUGUCCCUGAAAGCAGCACCUCUGGCCCUGAAAGCAUCACCUCUGGCCCUGGAAGCAGCACCUCUGGCCCUGAAAGCAGUGACUUUUUCCCUGAUAUCAGCCUCAUUUUCCCUGAUUUCAGCUCCCCUGUCCCUGAAAGCAGCACCUCUGGCCCUGAAAGCAUCACCUCUGGCUCUGGAAGCAGCACCUCUGGCCCUGAAAGCAGUGACUUUUUCCCUGAUAUCAGCCUCAUUUUCCCUGAUUUCAGCUCCCCUGUCCCUGAAAGCAGCACCUCUGGCCCUGAAAGCAGCACCUCUGGCUCUGGAAGCAGCACCUCUGGCCCUGGAAGCAGCACCUCUGGCCCUGAAAGCAGUGACUUUUUCCCUGAUAUCAGCCUCAUUUUCCCUGAUUUCAGCUCCCCUGUCCCUGAAAGCAGCACCUCUGGCCCUGAAAGCAACACCUUUGUCCCUGAAAGCAGCACCUUUGUCCCUGGAAGAAGCACCCAUGUCCCUGGAAGCAGCACCCAUGUCCCUGGAAGCAGCACCCAUGUCCCUGGAAGCAGCACCCAUGUCCCUGGAAGCAGUACCUUUUUCCCUGAAAGCAGCACCUCUGUCCCUGGAAGAAUCAUCCAUGUCCCUGGAAGCAGCACCCAUGUCCCUGGAAGCAGCACCUUUUUCCCUGAAAGCAGCACCUUUUUCCCUGGAAGCAGCACCCAUGUCCCUGGAAGCAGCACCCAUGUCCCUGGAAGCAGCACCUUUUACCCUGAAAGAAGCACCUUUGUCCCUGUCCCUGGAAGCAGCACCUUUGUCCAUGUCCCUGGAAGCAGCACCUUUGUCCCUGUUCCUGGAAGCAGCACCUUUGUCCCUGUUCCUGGAAGCAGCACCUUUGUCCCUGUCCCUGGAAGCAGCACCUAUGUCCCUGUCCCUGGAAGCAGCACCUUUGUCUCUGUCCCUGGAAGCAGCACCUUUGUCCCUGUCCCUGGAAGCAGCACCUCUGUCCCUGGAAGAAGCAUCACCUUUGUCCCUGUCCCUGGAAGCAGCACCUCUGUCCCUGGAAGAAGCAGCACCUUUGUCCCUGUCCCUGGAAGCAGCACCUUUGUCCCUGUCCCUGGAAGCAGCACCUCUGUCCCUGGAAGAAGCAGCACCUUUGUCCCUGUCCCUGGAAGCAGCACCUCUGUCCCUGGAAGAAGCAGCACCUUUAUCCCUGUCCCUGGAAGCAGCACCUCUGUCCCUGGAAGAAGCAUCACCUUUGUCCCUGUCCCUGGAAGCAGCACCUCUGUCCCUGGAAGAAGCAGCACCUUUGUCCCUGUCCCUGGAAGCAGCACCUCUGUCCCUGGAAGAAGCAGCACCUUUGUCCCUGUCCCUGGAAGCAGCACCUCUGUCCCUGGAAGAAGCAGCACCGUUGUCCUGCUGGGCAGCACCUCUGUCCCUGGAAGAAGCAGCACCUUUGUCCCUGUCCCUGGAAGCAGCACCUCUGUCCCUGGAAGAAGCAGCACCUUUGUCCCUGUCCCUGGAAGCAGCACCUCUGUCCCUGGAAGAAGCAGCACCUUUGUCCCUGUCCCUGGAAGCAGCACCUUUGUCCCUGCUGGAAGCAGCACCUCUGUCCCUGGAAGAAGCAGCACCUUUUACCCUGAAAGCAGCACCUUUGUCCCUUUCCCUGGAAGCAGCACCUUUGUCCCUGUCCCUGGAAGCAGCACCUCUGACCCUGGAAGCAGCACCUCUGUCUCUGGAAGAAGCAGCACCUCUGACUCUGGAAGAAGCAGCACCUCUGACUCUGGAAGCAGCAGCACCUCUGAAUCUGGAAGCAGCAGCACCUCUGUCCCUGGAAGCAGCACCUCUGUCUCUGGAAGAAGCAGCACCUCUGACUCUGGAAGAAGCAGCACCUCUGACUCUGGAAGAAGCAGCACCUCUGUCCCUGGAAGUAGCACCUCUGACCCUGGAAGCAGCACCUCUGACCCUGGAAGCAGCACCUCUGACCCUGGAAGCAGCACCUCUGUCGCUAAAAAGAGAACCUCUGUCCCUAAAAAGUGCACCUCUAAAAGCAGCACCUCUGUCCGUAAAAGCAGCACCUUUGUAGAAACACCAUCCACUGUGCUUCAUUGUCGUCCUGAGAGUACAGCAGCCAGCACUAGUAGUAGUAGCCAGCAGGAAACACCUGAAGCUCCGGUGAUCCCUGGACCCAGUAAUGUGAACAUCAAGCCCGUCCCGUACUCUGAACCAGCCUUUUGGUGUUCCAUCACCUACUACGAGCUCGGCCAACGGGUUGGGGAGAGCUUCCAUGCUUACCAGCACUCCGUGAUUGUAGAUGGCUACACCGACCCUAUCAAUGCUGAACGUUUCUGCUUAGGCCAGCAGACCAAUAUCCACCGCAAUUCUGAGGUGGAGCAAGCCAGAAUGUACAUCAGGGAAGGAGUGAGACUCUGCUAUGAAGAUGGGGACGUGUCUCUGGAGUGCCUUAGCAAGACUCCCGUUUUUGUCCAGUCUCUCAUGUGUAACCAGCGCUAUGGAGUGCUUCCGUCCACUGUUAUCAAGAUUCCAAAAGAAUGCAACUUGAAAAUUUUCCGUAAGGACGUAUUUGGUGAAAGUUUGUCCAAGGCUGCAACCCGGGGCUUUGAAGCGGUCUACCAGCUGAUGAAGAUGUGCAUCAUCCGAAUGAGCUUCGUCAAGCCCUGGGGACUUGAACACAAGCGGCAGACGCUCGCGAGUGUUCCCUGCUGGAUUGAGAUCCAUCUGAAUGGCCCCUUGCAGUGGUUGGACAAGGUCUUGAACCAGCUUGGUUCUCCAACCACCUGA